ACGGCGAUUCCCAGACGCGCUCCGUUCACGCCAUAACCUCUCUGCUGGUUCCACGCCACCGCUCAGCUCACCGCUCUCAACUCACCCGCUGGUCUCACCACUCGCCCUCACCGCUCACCGCUCACCCUCACCGCUCACCCUCACCUCUCAUCCUCACCGCUCGCUCCCACCACUACCCCUCCCUACCCGUGAGGGCUCCGUCUCCUCACCCCCUCACCUCCGCCAUGGCCUACCAGCUGUACAGGAACACGACGCUGGGAAACAGCCUCCAGGAGAGUCUGGACGAGCUCAUCCAGUCCCAGCAGAUGAGUCCUCAGCUGGCGCUGCAGGUGCUGCUGCAGUUCGACAAGGCGAUCAACGCGGCGUUGGCGCAGCGCGUGCGCAACCGCAUCAGCUUCCGCGGCUCUCUGAACACGUACCGGUUCUGUGACAACGUGUGGACCUUCGUGCUCAACGACGUGGAGUUCCGCGAAGUCACCGACCUCGUCAAGGUCGACAAAGUGAAGAUCGUGGCCUGCGAUGGCAAGACCUCCGGCUCAACGUCUGCGGAGUGAGGAGGAGGACGAGGAGGAGGAGGAGCGGUGGCGGAGUGGAGCCUCGUCGGAGCAGCGGCGGCUCGCUCGCUCACCCUCCACCAGCCCCCGAUACACACCCACUCCCUCACCAUCCAUCCCACCACUCCCUCACCCUCCACCAGCCCCCGAUACACACCCACUCCCUCACCAUCCAUCCCACCACUCCCUCGUCCUCCACCAGCCUCCGAUACACGCAGUCCACUCGCCCACUCCCUCACCAUCCAUCCCACCACUCCCUCAUCCUCCACCAGCACCCGAUACACACCGUUCACUAACCCACUCCCUCACCAUCCAUCCCACCACUCCCUCAUCCUCCACCAGCACCUGAUACACACCGUUCACUAACCCACUCCCUCACCAUCCAUCCCACCACUCCCUCAUCCUCCACCAGCACCCGAUACACACCGUUCACUAACCCACUCCCUCAUCAUCCAUCCCACCACUCCCUCAUCCUCCACCAGCACCCGAUACACACCGUUCACUAACCCACUCCCUCACCAUCCAUCCCACCACUCCCUCAUCCUCCACCAGCACCCGAUACACACCGUUCACUAACCCACUCCCUCACCAUCCAUCCCACCACUCCCUCAUCCUCCACCAGCACCCGAUACACACCGUUCACUAACCCACUCCCUCACCAUCCAUCCCACCACUCCCUCAUCCUCCACCAGCACCUGAUACACACCGUUCACUAACCCACUCCCUCACCAUCCAUCCCACCACUCCCUCAUCCUCCACCAGCACCCGAUACACACCGUUCACUAACCCACUCCCUCACCAUCCAUCCCACCACUCCCUCAUCCUCCACCAGCACCCGAUACACACCGUUCACUAACCCACUCCCUCACCAUCCAUCCCACCACUCCCUCAUCCUCCACCAGCACCCGAUACACACCGUUCACUAACCCACUCCCUCACCAUCCAUCCCACCACUCCCUCAUCCUCCACCAGCCUCCGAUACACGCAGUCCACUCGCCCACUCCCUCACCAUCCAUCCCAUCACUCCCUCUUACUCCACCAGCCCCCGAUACACGCAGUCCACUCGCUCACUCCCUCACCAUCCAUCCCACCACUCCCUCGUCCUCCACCAGCACCCGAUACACACCGUUCACUCACCCACUCCCUCGCCAUCCAUCCCACCACUCCCUCCACCAGCCCCAGCGUAUAUCGACGCGAUCUGCUGGCCCCACUCCGCGCCUACGCUGCUGUCGCGUUUCGCCUCUCCCACUUCCCACCCUGCUUGGCCCUCCUCCACCACCACGGCCGAGUCACCCGCUCUGCACUCACGGUUGAAGAUGCAGGGUUGUUGUCGUGGUGGUUGUAGCAAGCCACCCUCUCUGAUGGUGUGAAACCCAGACUAUAAAUAUAUCCCCGUAAAAGAGAAUUGGCUCUUGAUACCUUGAUUUCGGACUGUCAAAUAAUAAUUCGGUGCAAUCGUAGCGGCACGUGACAUUGUGAAGGCGUUGUAGAUCCCGUGUCCGAGGAAUUGAUUUUAAUUUGCAAAAUCAUUCCAGCACGUCCUCUGGAUUCACUCCGUCUCCUCGUUCGAUGCUGUGCCUCUCCGGUCACUACCCCACAACUCUCGCUCGCCAUCCUCUCGGCUACAAUUACUCUCCCAUAAUCCUCCCAGCUGCAAUUGCUCACCCAUCAUCCUCCCAGCUGCCAUCACUCGCCAUCAUUCUCCCAGCUCCCAUAAUCCAGGACUCCCAUCCCCAAUCCGAGUGAAUCUCCUUCAAAAUCGCCCCCUAACCCCCCCCCCCCCCCCACUGCACAACCACCACCCACACUGUUGUCACCCCUUGCAUAAAAAUAGUUAACAUUUUAAAUUGAAUUGUUUUGUUCCCUCUGGCGUCUCUCUUUAUGUUCAGUGUAAUUUAUUUGUCUCCGUUUUGACGAGAGAGCCCCGCGCACGUUACCAACGGUGCAACGUUCGAAUUUUUUUUUUUAAUAAAGGAUUUUCUUUGGUUUUC